AUGAAGUCAGUGCCAGAGCUCAUCAGUCUGUCCAAUCACAUUAACCCCCUUCUCCUCUCCACUUCUCCCCCUCCAUCUCCAGGCCUCCCAGCAGCCCUCAGGCAUCGGAGGCGUGGCCGUAGGCGGAGCAGCGGGCGCGGCCGGGGCCCAGGCUGGCCUUGGCGCCGUCGGAACGGGCCCGGGGGCGGCGCCCCCCACGGCCGACCCGGAGAAGCGCAAGCUGAUCCAGCAGCAGCUGGUGCUGCUCCUCCACGCCCACAAGUGCCAGCGGCGGGAGCAGGCCAACGGGGAGGUGCGCCAGUGCAACCUGCCCCACUGUCGCACCAUGAAGAACGUCCUCAACCACAUGACCCACUGCCAGGCCGGCAAGUCCUGCCAGGUGGCGCACUGUGCCUCAUCCAGACAGAUCAUCUCCCAUUGGAAGAACUGCACUGUCCUGUCUGCCUUCCGCUAAAGAACGCUGGAGACAAGCGGAACCAGCAGUCCCUCCUAAGUAGUGCAGGGGUAAGCCUGGGCUCCCUCGGAACCGUACCUGGGGGCCAGCCCAGCACCCCCAACUUGAACCCCCCCAGCCAGAUCGACCCCAGUUCCAUCAAGCGGGCCUACGCAGCCCUGGGCCUCACCUACCAGGGCAACCAGAUGCCUCAGCAGCCCCCCCAGGGCAACAUGGCCAACCAGGGCCUGCCUGGCCAGCCUGGCAUGAGGUCCCUCAACACCAUGGGAGGGAACCCCAUGGGAGUGAAUGGUGGGGUGCAGCAGCCCAACCAACAGUCCAACCUGCUCCCAGACGCCAUGCUGCACAACAGCAUGAACGCACAGAGUUUGAUGAAUGACAGUGGGGUGGGCAGUCUGGGCUCCAUGCCCACGGCAACCCCUCCUUCAGCAGCGGGCAUGAGGAAGUCCUGGCAUGAGGACCUGCGCAACCACCUCGUCCAUAAGCUUGUGCAGGCCAUCUUCCCCACCCCGGACCCGGCUGCGCUGAAGGACCGGCGCAUGGAGAACCUGGUGGCCUACGCCAGGAAGGUGGAGGGGGACAUGUACGAGUCAGCCAACAGCAGGGAUGAGUACUACCACCUGUUAGCCAAGGAGAUCUAUAAGAUCCAGAAUGAGCUGGAGGAGAAGAGGAAGACUCGGCUGCAGAAGCAGGACAUGAGUUGA